AUGAAUUACAUCAUCGGCGCCUUCAAGCCGCCCUGCGACAUCUUCGUGACCUUUUCCGAUGAGAGGAGCCGGAAGCAGGUUGCAGUCAAGAAGGAUAAUGGAAAGACAACCAUGGUGCCGGCGUUCCAGAGCCUGGAGACCAUAGCCGGAGAGGUAUCAAUAGCGCCUGUUCCUGGUAAAAGGAUUGAGCACAUGGGUGUUAAGAUUGAGCUGCUUGGACAGAUAGAGUUGUAUUUCGACAGAGGCAACUUCUAUGACUUCACUUCACUGGUGCGUGAGUUAGAUGUUCCUGGUGAAAUAUAUGAAAGAAAGACAUAUCCAUUUGAGUUCUCUACUGUUGAAAUGCCAUAUGAGUCAUACAAUGGAACAAAUGUCAGACUGAGGUACAUCCUGAAAGUGACUAUUGGUAGAAACUAUGUUGGUAAUAUUGUGGAAUCUCGGGAUUUCUGUGUAAGGAACUAUUCUCCUCUUCCUUCAAUCAAUAACAGCAUCAAGAUGGAAGUUGGAAUUGAAGAUUGCCUGCAUAUUGAGUUUGAGUACAGCAAAAGCAAGUACCAUCUCAAGGAUGUCAUUGUAGGAAAGAUCUAUUUUCUUCUAGUCAGAAUAAAGAUAAAAAACAUGGAGCUUGAGAUUCGCCGCCGGGAAUCAACAGGAUCAGGUCCUAACACAUAUGUUGAGACUGAGACACUUGCUAAAUUUGAGCUGAUGGAUGGUGCCCCAGUCAGAGGAGAGUCUAUUCCUGUAAGGCUAUUCUUGACUCCAUACGAGCUAACCCCGACUUACCGCAACAUAAACAACAAGUUCAGUGUCAAGUACUACCUCAACCUGGUCCUUGUGGACGAGGAAGACCGGAGAUACUUCAAGCAGCAAGAGAUAAACAUGUUCCGCCUUGACGAAACUCCACAGCCUUCAUAA